AUGAACCCUUGCGGGGUAGCGCGCGACGUUGCCGCUCCGCUCCCGCCGCUGCCUCGAGCCGGCGGCAAGUCGCGGCAUACCGCGUACCACCUUCGUCUGAGCACCGCGCGCCUCCGAGGCUCAAGUCGCGACAAACUUAUAAACUCACUUUUCGACGGCGGAAACCAGUCCCCGUUCGGAAAAAAAUACCUAUUACGACACGAGAUUCACUUCCAGUCUCUUCAUGACCUCCGACGAGUCUGA